AUGAGCCAGUUGAGAGCUUAUGGACAAAAAUGUAAACAAGAACGUUUGAAGCCGAGUCUUCUUUCUUAUGAAGCACAGCACUGCCAUCGAUUCAGACUUCUCCUCCAAUGCCUUGCAGGGCCUGCCCACUGGAAGGAGGUUUUUCCUGUCGCUAAUGGAGACCGCCAGUCCCCCAUCGACAUCAAAACUGAGGAAACCAAGUAUGAUCCCUCUCUCCGUCCUCUAAAUCCCAAUUACGAUCCAGCUUCUGCUAAAAUCAUCCUUAACAACGGCCAUUCCACCAGCGUCGAAUUCGAUGACACCGUAAACAAAUCAGGUUCAUUCCAACUGAAUCGCUCAAGUCUCUUAUCUGACUUUAGUUGCAGCGGUGAUGAAUCUACCACAGCCUUUGUGCUGACGGGGGGACCGCUCAGUGGGACGUACCGCCUGCGCCAGAUUCACUUCCACUGGGGCUCCAGCGAUGAGGCUGGCUCCGAGCACGCUGUGGACGGCAUGAAGUACGCAGCAGAGCUUCACGUCGUUCACUGGAACUCGGAAAAAUAUUCCAGUUUUGUUGAGGCGGCUCGUCAGUCAGAUGGAUUGGCAGUCAUGGCUGUAUUUCUAAAGAUUGGUGAAUGUAACCCUCAGCUGAAGAAGAUUACUGACCGCUUGGACACGAUCAGAAUCAAGGGUAAAAGAGCACUAUUCACAAACUUUGAUCCUAGCUGUCUGCUUCCCAAAUCCCUGGACUACUGGACAUAUUUUGGCUCUCUCACUGUUCCACCUCUUCUUGAAAGUGUCAUCUGGAUUGUUCUGAGAGAGCCUAUAAGUGUUUGUUCUGAACAGCUAGCCAAAUUCCGCAGCCUCCUGAGCACUGCUGAGGAUGAGGUAGCCUGCUGUUUGCUGAGAAACUACCGGCCUCCCCAGCCUUUAAAGGGACGAGAAGUCAGAAGGAAUUAAAGGAAUAAAGCAAGAAUAGGCCACCUCUGAAACCAUUUAGGAGGCUGAAUUAAUUUUAAUAGUUAAUAUACUUUGUGUUUUUUUUUUUUUGUGAGUUGUUAUAACAAAUAGGUGUUACUUUGUUAUUGGUUACCAUGCAGUCAUUUCUCACAGACAAAUAUGUCCUGAGUUGUUGCAUUUCAUCAGUGUUAACUGGUCCAAAUGUUUUUGAGUGCACUGGUAUGAGCGUGUUGAGAUGUUAGUGUUACAUGCACAGAGUGCAGUGCUAAUCUUAAGGGUCAGAAACGGUGAAGCAGUUGUCCAGAAUUUGCCACUAGAUUAGUGAAGAGGAUCCCUGAUGUUAAUGGCAGUAAAGGGUACUGUGGGACUACGCUUCUGGUCUCUAACAUAAGAUACAGCCUCUACGUGAGCCUUUGCAUGGUAGUUCUUAAGGAAAACGUAUUUCAAGGCUGACAUGAUUUCAUCACUGACCUCUGGGAUAUCAUGCUAACCUUUCUGCAAAAAGCAGCGACAAAUAACAGCAUUUACAUCAGUAAGCUAGAUAGAUGUAAUACAGAUGUCUAUGUAUGAUAGACAUCUGAAAGGAUCCUUUUGUUCCCACUACUUCGUAGCAGUGAUAAUGUACUGACUGAAUGAAAAAAAAGGCGAUAGUAAGGGCUGUGUAUAUUGUAGGAUCAUGUCAGGUGGAUGAAGUAUUCCUAAAUUCCACCACAUAGAGUGAUGAAAUUGUCCCAAAACUUGCAAAAGCAAGGUGGAAGGGCAGAGAGGGAUCUGCUGGUACCUGCCAAAAUCCAGUCUGUUGCAUUCAGUGAACGAUAAGGGACUACAUAUUAUAGUACUGGACUAUAUGUAGUCUGUGGACUAUUAGAUCCCUGUAGCAAGCAUGGUAGUCCUACCACUUACGAGUGCUGAGAGGGGAGGGAUAACUCUUGCUCUAGCCUGUUUCAUACUAGGCACAUUGCACGCUGCGGUGUGAGACACACAUCGCCCACCUCACAUCUGGCAGUGGAAAACAGCCUUGCUUUGGCAUGCAACGCUUCCUGGGAAACCUGCUAAAGCUUUGCUGUCAGCAUAGGUGACCCCAAGGAGCUGCACUUUUAAUAUUCCAAGACCAAAGAUAGCAUUCAGACAAAGAUCAUAAUCCAGUCAAUAUCUAAUAAAAGAUCAACCUUAAUAGCAAUACCUUGAAAUGACUAUCUUUAUGAAUUGACUUGAGCUUGUGUUUCUCUCAGGAAUUUUUGUUAUUUGAAUGUAAUAAUUGUUUUAUGCCAAAUUUAUUUUUGUUAUUUUGAAUGAACUUGCCAUAGGAUAUAGUUAGUAUAGGAUUAGAUUACCCUCAGACGGAGAACUACGUAGUGAAAGCCAAAGAUAGCUGAGAGAGGCAACUAGAGAUUUCAAGGGCAGCCAGUACCACCAGCUUCUGUAGCACUUCUGACUAAACUAAUUUUCUACUAUUGAGCUUUAUGAAUUUGCUCUUUCACAGGUUUUAUAGGCUGUGCCUCUUGCCUCAACAGGCCUUUUGACCUUAGAUGGACAAAUGCGAGGGAAAUCACAAACUGGAUUGACUUUAUAUUCAUUUUUAUAACCAAAUAGACAUAGAGACAUAGAUAUUUUAGCUUAGUUUAAGAUAGGUGGAUAUUUUUGUCCUCUUCUCCCCAGAAUAUAACUAGUAUUGCUGCAAGGCCUCUCCCCGCCUUAAGAAUGUUUUCUGAAGGAACAAGCACAAAUAGGUCAAGGGAGAAAUAAAAGGCAUUUGGCAGCACCAAGUACUAGUAUUAACCACAGGGGAAAAACCUGCAGGCACUUUUUUGUUUUCCAGCACAGGGAGAAGAAUCCAGCUGAGACGACCUCAGCCUGGUUCCUUCUGAAUGAGGGCUUGUGGAAAGUGUGCGUGGAGAGAGCGCGAGUGUGUUGUGUAUUUUCACACCCCUUUUUUAAGAUUUAGUGUGGCAUCUGCUAUAUUUCCUGUCAUGUAAGUAGCUGCAGAACAUGAACAAAUUGUUUACAAGUUGAAUGAAGUUUAUAAAGUUUGUUAGCCUGAGAAGAGGAGAAAUAAUAAGCCUACUACUUAGUAUCAGAAGCAAGAAUUUCAGGUGUUUUUACACAUUGAAAACAGUGGAGUUGAUCCAGAGCUUUGAUAUUUAUAAGUAUUUUAUCAAA